AUGCAGAGGGUCAUCUCUGUAGUCAUGGUUGCUGAGUUCCUACUCGGGAAUCUGAGCAAUGGGUUCAUAGAACUGAUAAACUGCACUGACACAGUCAGUAAAAGAAAGUUCGCCACUAUUGACCAAAUAAUUGUCUCCUUGGCCAUUUCCAGAAUUGGUUUGAUAUGGGAAAUGGUAGCCAGUUGGUUUAAGAUUGUGUGUCACUCAUUUUCAUUUAUGGCUGGAACAGAAUUAAGAAUUCUUAUUUAUGCCUGGAUACUUGCCAAUCAUUUCGGCCUCUUGGCUACCAUCCUCAGCAUCUUUUAUUUGCUCAAAAUAGCCAAUUUCUCCUGGCCUAUUUUCCUCUAUCUCAACUGGAGAGUAAAGAAAGUGCUUCUGACGAUCCUGCUGGGAAGCUUGGUCCUGCUGCUGUUAAAUCUGACACAAGUAAGCAAACAUAUGGAAGACUGGCUGAUUGAAUAUGAGAGAAACAUGACUUGGAAUUCCAGAGUGAGUGACUUUUCAAGAUUCUCAGGGAAGGCCAUAUUCACCAUGGCCAUGUUUACUGUAAUUCCGUUCACUGUGGCUGUGGUCUCCUUCUCCCUGCUCAUCUUCUCCCUGUGGAAACAUCUCCAGCAGAUGUGGCUUGGUGACAAAGAACUCAGAGACUCUAGGAUCAAGGCCCACAUAAAUUCCUUGAAGAACAUGAUCUCAUUUCUGGUCCUUUACGCUACUUACUUCACUUCCUUUUUGAUAUCAUGGCUUUCUAAGAUGCACCAGAAUCAAAUAGCAUGCAGGCUUUGUAUCACCAUUGAGCUCUUAUCCAAUUCAACAUACUCAUGGGUCCUGAUUUUUGGAAACUCUAAGUUAAGACAGGCCUGUCAUUCCACACUGAAGCAGCUGAGAUAUAUAAUAAAGCAUAAGAAACUCAUAAUUCCAUAA